AAGCACAGUGUACCGGUGUUUCCAGCCGGAGUCUUUUACCAGACGGACUGAUUUCAGGCUUUGAAAAGCGGCGGAACCAAAACAACGAUUUUUUUAUUUUUAUUUUGCUGUGUUAUAAUUUAGACCAAUAAACAGCCCCGUAGAUAAUGGCUGUCCCAGGUCCAAACAAGGACAACAUCAGAGCUGGCUGUAAAAGAUGUGGAUAUCCCGGACAUCUUACUUUUGAAUGCCGUAAUUUUGUUCGUGUGGAUCCGAGGAAGGACAUCGUUUUGGAUGUGAGCAGCACUAGCAGUGAGGAGAGUGACGAGGAGGAACAGGAAACUCCCAGUAAAGAAAAGAUCUUCGGCAGCAGCCAAUCAAAAGGUUCUCAUGAAGACUCUAAAAAAGAAAAGCAUAAAAAGAAAAGCAAGGACAGAUCCCAUCGAAAGGCCAAAAAGAGGUCUUAUUCAUCAAGUGACGAGGAGGAGGAAGUGAGCAAGAAGAAGAAAAAGCACAAGAGCCACAAGAAGAAAGGGAAAAAGGAGAAAAGGGAGAAAGAAAAGAAACACAAGAAAAAACAGAAAAAGAAAGACACAGAGUCGUCCUCAUCUGACAGUUCUACUGAAUCUUCAAACACGGAUUGAAGCUGAAUCAGUUCACUUAUUUGAACCAGUUACAGGACCACACAAUCACAGCGAAGCAAAAAAAAAAACUAUCUUGUGAACCUAUAAAAUACCUUCUGCCAGAGCCAUUUGUACAUAAUCCUGUAACAUACACCUCUGAUUGAUGGUCUUUUUUGUGAUGUUUCUGUAUUUUGUAUAUAAAUGAAAUGAAAACAACCCAAAAUCCUUUUGGGCGAAUACUUCUA